AUGGCGUCAACCCUCGUUCUCGGCUGCACUGGCCUAACAGGUUCCUUCAUCCUCACCAACCUGCUCUCCAACCCCUCCACGGGCACUGUGCAUACCAUCUCUCGCCGCGCGCCCAAAGCCCCCGCAGACCCUAAGCUCCACGCCAUCGUCGACACCGACACAACCACCUGGGCAACCACCCAUCUCCCAUCUCUCAGCCCUCCCCCAACAACCGUCAUAUCCGCCUUGGGCACAACCCGUGCCGCGGCCGGUGGUAUCACCAACCAAUGGAAGAUUGAUCACGACCUGAACGUCGAGCUAGCCCGCGCGGCCAAGGCCGCUGGAGUCAAGAACUUCGUCUUCGUCUCAAGCGCAGGCACGCGUGGGGUGCUGGCGAACAGGGUACCAUAUAGCCAGAUGAAGCAGGGUGUAGAGGACACGGUGAAGGAACUUGACUUCGAGACGGCGAUUAUCCUGCGGCCGGGGGCGAUCCUGGGGAAGAGGGAGGAAUCGCGGCCCGCAGAGGCAGUCUUUCAGGGGCUAGUGAGGGGCAUUGGGAAGAUUGUUGGGGUGUGGGCGCAGGAUAAGAUUGGGCAGGAGGCGGAGGUUAUUGCGAGGGCUGCUGUGCAUGCGGCGAGGAUCGCGGAGGAGGGCAAGGCGCCGGCGAAGUGGUGGGUUUUGGAGCAAGCGGAUAUUGUGAGAUUGGGGAGGGAUGAGUGGAAGGCUUAA